UUCAUAUAGCCGCUUCCUCUGUCUCUCUCUCUCUCUCUCUCUCUCUCUCUUCGCUUCUGAUCCUUUUUCCGCUUCAGCAAUGGCCUUCGUGAAAGCACAAAAAACUAAAGCUUACUUCAAGAGGUAUCAGGUCAAGUUCAAGAGAAGGAGAGAGGGAAAGACGGACUACAGGGCCAGGAUCCGCCUGAUCAAUCAGGACAAAAAUAAGUACAAUACGCCGAAAUACCGGUUUGUUGUACGAUUUACCAAUAAGAACAUUAUUGCCCAAAUCGUUUCUGCUUCCAUUGCCGGUGAUAUUGUUCUCGCUGCAGCUUACUCCUAUGAGCUCCCCCAAUAUGGGCUUGAAGUAGGUCUUACAAACUAUGCCGCAGCCUACUGCACUGGACUUCUCGUGGCUCGCCGCGUCCUGAAGCAGCUUGAAAUGGAUGGCGAAUAUGAGGGCAAUGUUGAGGCUACUGGUGAGGAUUUCUCUGUAGAGCCAACUGAAAACAGGAGGCCAUUCCGUGCUCUCCUUGAUGUUGGUCUUAUCCAGACUACCACUGGCAAUCGUGUUUUUGGUGCUCUCAAGGGGGCUUUGGAUGGUGGCUUGGAUAUCCCUCACAGUGAGAAGAGGUUUGCUGGAUUUUCAAAGGACAGCAAGCAGCUUGAUGCUGAGGUUCACCGCAAGUACAUCUAUGGUGGACAUGUUGCUGCAUACAUGAGGACUUUGGCCGAGGAUGAGCCAGAGAAAUUCCUGGCCCACUUCAGUGAAUACCUCAAGAGGGGCAUUGAUGCUGAUAACUUGGAAGAGCUGUACAAGAAGGUCCACGCAGCAAUUCGUGCUGACCCCACAGGAAGGAAAUCUGAGAAACAGCCUCCCAAGGAACACAAGAGGUACAACUUGAAGAAACUCACCUACGAGGAAAGGAAGGCAAAGUUGAUAGAGCGAUUGAAUGCCUUCAACUCAGCUGCCGACGUAGAUGAUGAUGAGGACGACGAGUGAAGUUUGUAUGGUGGAGUUCGCCGGUGAUUUUGUUUCUGCUUUUCCUUUAGGACAGAUGCUGCAUUAUUUACAGUUAAUUAUCAAGUUUUUUUUCUUUUUGUCAGAGGUUUGAGUAAUUUUUGUCA